CAGACCGACUCUCCUCUCUUGUCUCAGUCAUGCUUUGAAUUACUACAGAUCGGGAACAAACAAUACACGGGCGCACGCUAUUACCCAAUGAAGCCUUCUUUCUAUCAAGAUGCAAGACUUUAAUUCGCUAAACUAAGCAGCCCGCCACUGCCGUCCCGUGCGCAAAACCGAACCCGCUUUUUGUCCUUUUGUUUUCGCGGAGAGAACUUGAGCACUGUCAGCAUUUUGCCAUCGCGGGACCGGGGCCACCCACCCACCUUUGGUUCGACUCUGAUCGGGUUGCUCCAGUCGAGUUAUCCCCGCUCGACUCUCCUCUCUGGGGGUACAGCCGGGGGAAGGAAGCGAACACUCAAAUCGGUGCCAAAAAGACAGGAAGAAAGAGGAGGGGUACUUAGCCUCGGACAGGUUCCUGUCUGUCAGUGGGAUGUUCGUGGCCUGGAGGCAGCUCAGGCACUGACUGAGGGAGCAUGGUCAAACACCAGCCUCUGCAAGUGUACGAGCGACAGCUGUGCUUGUCCUGCAUCACCGGGAUCUACGGUUGCCGCUGGAAACGAUACCAACGCUCCCACGAUGACACCACCAAGUGGGAGCUGCUCUGGUCCUUCGUCCUGCUCUUCACCUUCGGCCUGCUGCUGCUCUGGUCCUACUUCUGGUGGGAGGCUCAUAAUGACUACAGCGAGUACAACUGGUUUCUCUAUAACCGAUCUGGGGAGUGGAGUGAUGGCACGGCUCCUAUCCUGGCCUCCACCGCUGCAGGGUUCACAUAUAUCACUUUUUUAAUGGUUUUAGCACUUUGCCACGUUGCAGUUGGCCAACAGUUGAAUUUGCACUGGCUCCAUAAGAUUGGAGUCACAGUGGCGCUCCUCACCACGGUCAUCGGGGUGAUAUCAGUCACCCAAACAUGGGGCUACGAGUGGGACAUCGUGCCUAUCUCACUGCAGGCGACUGGUCCAUUCCUGCACAUAGGGGCGGUAGCAGCGGUCACAGCUCUGUCCUGGAUUGUGGCGGGGCAGGUGGCUCGGGCCGAAAAAACAAUUUUCCAGGUGGUGGUGGUGCUGCUGUACUUCUCUGUCCUCUUGACCCUGUACAUGGUGCCGUUGUACAUUACCUCUCCGUGCAUCAUGGACCCCUCAAACCUCAAGCCACGUCCAGAAGUCAUUGGCCACCAAGGAGCAGCCAUGCUUGCUCCAGAGAACACGAUGUGGUCUUUCCAGAGAGCUCUGCAGAUGAACGUCACUGGACUAGAGACUGAUGUAACUAUAAGUCUGGAUGGAGUGCCUUUCCUGAUGCAUGACAUGACAUUGCGCCGUACCACAGAUGUACAGAAGGUGUUUCCAGAACGACAGUGGGACGACGCAUCCUCCUUCAACUGGACAGACCUGCGCCAACUCAACACGGGACACUGGUUUCUUAAGGACGACCCGUUCGGGACAGUACAGACCCUCUCCCCUCACGAGAAACAGCUGAUCGGGAACCAGACCGUGUGCAGUCUGGAGCAGCUCCUAAAACUGGCCUCCUUCAACAACUGCACAGUGGUUUUCAAACUGAGGAGACCGCCCCCUGAGCACCCCAGCCACUACAGCUGGAUCAACGAUACUCUGCAAGCAGUGCUCAAAUCAGGCAUUCAACAAAGUCUGGUGUUUUGGACUCCUGAAGAGGACAGAGCAGAGGUGAGAAAGCUGGCACCUGGCCUGAUCCAGACCUCUUUGGUCAAACCUGAGACUCCAGCGCCACUUCAGAGAGAGGGGAUCAGUGCGGUUCUGCUCCGGUACAAUCAAGCCACCACACAGGAAAUUAGAGACUUUUCUCAAAACAACAUCAACCUUACUCUUUACACUGUAAAUGAGCCCUGGCUGUACUCAGUGCUCUGGUGCAGUGGGGUAUCCUCUGUCUCUUCUGAAGCUCCGCAUAUUCUCAAUAAGGUGCCUUACCCCAUCUGGCUCAUGAAACCUGAUGAGUACUGUGUGCUGUGGGUGUCAGUGGAGCUGGUCUCUUUUGCUGUAGUCAUAGCAAUAUUCAUAUUCCAGAAGUAUCGCUCCAGUGGCAUUCACAGCUAUAACCCUGAGCAGAUCAUGCUGAGUGCUGCUGCAGUGAGGAGGACGAGCCAUGAAGUCAAUGUGAUGAAGGAAAAACUCAUCUUCUCUGGUCAUGCCGUGUUGUAGCUGUGUGCCUCCUCACCUCCUCAUCUCCACCAGCAUCGCCUCUGCCUUUUACCCCAUUCACCUCCAUCACAACCACUGCCCCCUAAACUUUAUGCCCCCAUCCACCCCUCGCCCUGUCUCCAUCUCCCCUCCAUUUGCUCUGCUCAAGAUAUCUUCAAGUGUAGGGGAGUCUAAGAUAACCCCAAAAUGGACUUGUGUUAGUCCUGAAGGGGGAAAGAGGUGGAGAAUGGUGUGACCAGUGCUGAGGAGCUGUAUACCAACAAUGGCUACAACUACUACACCAAUCAGGGGAUCGGCCAAUGACAAGGACACUGUAGCUCCCUGUACAUUGUGUAACAUGUUUUGCGCAUAACUGAAAACACUAGCACUUUUAUUGAUUCAAUUCACCAAAUAUUUUGUUGCUACUUGAUGCUUGGUUUUAUGUUUGCUUAACAUUGAUAUCUGUUGUUUUCUAUUGAAGCACUGCCUUGGAGAUCCUCACUAUAUUUCUGACUUUACAGCAUGACAUAAACUGUUCUUGCUCUUGAGACUACUAUUAUUAUUACUGACAUAAAUAUUUAAAAUUAAACUAAGCUGUUUACAGAAGCCCUGCCUUCCUCUUCAGGUAAAUACCGUCAAUGUAAGAUAAUUACUGAUGAUCAGUGCAUGUGAAUAACAGUAAUGAGCAUAUCUAAAUGUGAGCUGUUCAAAGACUGUAACACGAUAGAUGAUGAGUUAGGGCUCAUCUAUGCUCUACUUUCUAAACGCAUAGAGACUUCUUCUGUAUGUCCUCUGCGUUGUUCUGUCUGUAAUCUGGCCCGUCUCCUCAGAACAUGUGAAAUUUUAGUCACGGAGCUGUACAUGCGCUAACCGCUGGGGGCAGUAGUGAACACAGCUCGACAGAGGAAGCUAGUUUUUUCAAAGGUGACUACAACCAGCUGCAAAACAGAUAAAUUCUUCUCUGACUUAAUUGUCUUACCUUUUUUCCAACAGAUGCCAAAAACUGCCUGGGCACCUCCAUGUUUGUUUAUUUGUUGCUCUAUUUAAUUCGUUUUGUUCAAUUGUCAAACUGACUUAGCGCCCUCUGAUGGCUGUUUAAGAGAAUGCAGCCUCGACAUUACAAACGUUUGGAAGUAUAAAGGCAGCACGGAUCUGUUUACACACGGCAGUGGAGCAUAAAUGAGCCUUAAUAGUAUUUUAUGUUUAAUGUGAAUGUUUGAGUUUUUUAAUAUGUUCGAUGUAUUUUUGGUGGGAAUGUAUUUUUAAGCUUGGCUGCAGUGCCGUUGAGUGUUAUUGUAAAGUUGAAUUGCGUGACCAAUGAACAAUAUGACAGUAAUAA